GACCGGCUCUACCUGGGCGCCUACGUCCACCCUCCGACCCCCGACACGCCGCUGCCCGGCUCCGAGUCUCCCAGAAAGCGAGCGUCGCGAUAUGCCGACGGAGCGGCUCCGGCGCCGCUGGUGACGAACCGCAACCCGCCGUGCUACUUCACCGUCGACGACACCCUGCUGUACAAUGCCUUCCACCACGACUUUGGCCCGCUGCACAUCGGCCACCUCUACCGCUUCGCCAUCAAGUUCCACGAUAUCCUGGGCGCCAAGGAGAACCGGGACCGGCCGAUUGUCUUCUACAGCGCGGCCGACCCGCGGAGCCGCGCCAAUGCCGCUUGCAUGCUGGCCUGCUACAUGGUCCUGAUUCAGAACUGGCCGCCUCACCUGGCCCUCGCCCCGAUUGCCCAGAUUGAUCCUCCCCUGAUGCCCUUCCGAGAUGCCGGCUAUAGCCAAGCCGACUACGGCAUCAGCGUUCAGGAUGUCGUGUAUGGUGUGUGGAAGGCCAAGGAGGAGAAGUGCUGCGAUCUGGACAACUUUGACCUGGACCAGUACGAGAUGUACGAGCGAGUCGAGCACGGCGAUUUCAACUGGGUUACCCCCAACUUCCUCGCCUUUGCCUCUCCCCAGCACACACCCGUGGGCAAGAUCACCGAGGACUCCGAGCUGUAUCCGCUGCUCCCAAGGGACGUGGCCGCGGUCGAGGACCACCCCUUCCUGCCGCAGCCCUUCAAGAAUGUGCUCUCCCACUUCAGCGAGCGCAACAUUGGCCUGGUUGUCCGACUGAACUCGCACCUCUACUCGCCAUCCUACUUUGAAGCUCUGGGCAUCCAGCACGUCGACAUGGUGUUUGAUGACGGAACUUGCCCGCCUUUGUCGAUGGUCCGCAAGUUCAUCCGCAUGGCUCACGAGACCAUCACCGUCAAGAAGCGAGGCGUCGCUGUCCACUGCAAGGCUGGCCUGGGCCGAACCGGCUGCCUCAUUGGCGCCUACUUGAUUUAUCGCCAUGGCUUCACUGCCAACGAGGUCAUUUCCUUCAUGCGCUUCAUGAGGCCCGGCAUGGUUGUCGGCCCUCAGCAGCACUGGCUGCACCUCAACCAGGGAACCUUCCGGGAGUGGUGGAUCGAGGAGCGCAUCGAGCGAAAGCUCAGACGAGAGUUUGCCGCCGCCGCCGCCGGCCAUGCGGCAGCACCCAGCACGCCCAUGCGCGCCAUGAAGGGCACGCGCAACCAGGUCACGACGCCCUCGAACCGCAGCUCGUCCAACCGCUCGCCGCUCAGCGAGGUCGACCACGAUCGCAACAACGUCGGAGUGCAUGAGGACUAUCUACCCGCGCCAACUCCUGGCCAGCCGCGAAAAGCCGCGCGCGAUCGGCGCCAUGCAUAUCAUAGAACGGAUGCAUUUCAGGCUGCGGAAGAGCAAGGCCCGCCGCCGCACCAAGAGCCAGCGCCGCCGCCAUCGCCACAGCGCCGCUCUCAAGCGCCGGACUCGGACGAAGAGCAUCACCUGCGAAUGCGAAAGCAGCGCAAGGCGGCCCAGUCCCCCACCCGGAGCGACAAGUCUCGACCAAGCAGCCAGAGCACGAGCCCCUACGCAAUCGACAACGACGCUUCCUUUGACGCCGAGAACAUUGGCUCGGUAAAACCCAAAUCGGCGGAUAGGGUUCCCAGCCAACCUGGCACGCUGGCCAAGGUCCGGGCGAACAGGCGACAGGCUGCCGACUCUCCCCUGCGGUCGAAAGAGUCUGCCGGGGUCCGCAAGACGAGCGGCCGUGUCGGCAGUGCCGGC